AUGUCUCCAUACUUCGACAGCUACAACACCUCAAUCCUGGUCAUUCCAGCCUACGUCAUCCUCACAUUCCUGCCUCACGUCCUCGCUAUCAAUGUUGCUACGCUGGGCAACUUCCUCACUUGGGACAAUCGCAAUCCGCGUUCUAGCGACCUGAAAGCUCAGCUCAAGCAGCGCCUACCGGCUGUAACCUAUGCCAAGUACGAGCGUAUGGAGGCCUGUCAUGCCAACGGGAUGGAGAAUCUCCCUCUCUUCAUCGGAGCAGUCAUCCUAGGAAACAUGGCUGGGCUGGCGCAGAACGAGCUUGCUAAGUUUGGCGCUUCGUUCUUAGCUGUCAGGAUUGCAUACACAAUUGCCUACAUCACGACUUCGACUCAAGCGCCUACACUCAUUCGCAGUAGUCUUUGGAUCGCAGGUGUCUCGCUGUGCUUCCGCACUAUCAUUCGGGCUGCUGGAGCCAUGGCUGCCGAGGCCUAG